AUGGACAAGGGGAAAGGUGCUGUGAGAAUCAUGUUCUUUGACUUCUCCAGUGCCUUCAACACCAUCCAGCCUGCCAGACUGAGAGACAAGCUUGUGCAGAUGGGGGUAGACACUCACCUGGUAUCCUGGAUUAGAGACUACCUGACGGGGAGAACACAGUUCGUUAGGCUGAAGGACUGUUUCUCAGAGCAGGUGGUCAGCAGCACCGGAGCACCACAAGGGACUGUGCUUUCAGCAGUCCUGUUCACCCUGUAUACGUCUGACUUCAGGUACAACUCAGAGUCAUGCCACAUGCAGAAGUUUUCGGACGACCCUGCAAUAGUGGGGUGUAUCAGGGAUGGGCAGGAGGAUGAGUACAGGAACCUGGUGGAUGACUUUGUGCAGUGGUGCAAUCUCAACCAUAUGCAGCUGGACAUUUCCAAAACCAAGGAGAUAGUGGUGGAUUUCAGGAGGACUAAGCCACCUAUGCUGCCAGUCUCCAUUGAAGGGGUCAAUGUGGAGGUGAAGUUUCUGCUGAAGUACACCAAAGUGCAGCAUUUUGGAUUGAUUGAAGACUGCAAACUGCAGGACUGGUCUGUCCUUGGAUCUGGGGGUUUCGGACAGAUCUAUAAGGCCAAACACAAAGAUUUUGGGAUGGAGGUGGCAAUCAAACUACUGCAUUAUGAUAAUGGUUCCAGUGCAUCUCUGCUGAAGGAGGCUGAGUUCAUGCGGCAGGGUGGGAGCCCGUAUAUGGUGUGUUUUUUUGGGGUGUACCGGGGGGUUCCCCCCGGCAGGGGGCACUCGAGACAGAUGGGCCUGGUGAUGGAGCUGAUGGAGAGGGGGUCUGUGGAGUCCCUCCUGAAGAGGCUGGGGGGCCCCCCUCCCUGGCCCCUGGCCUUCCGCCUGGCUCAUCAGGUGGCUCUUGGCAUGAACUUCCUGCACAAGCUUUGCCCCCCACUGCUGCACCUCGACCUCAAGCCCAGCAACGUGCUGCUGGACCACGGCUUCGGAGCAAAGAUCACAGAUUUUGGUCUGGCCCGACUGAUGCGCAGUAUUUCCAGUGUGGGGGGGCGGGGGGAGGACGGAGGCACGCUGAGCUACAUGUCCCCCGAAGCCCUCGCCACUGACCGGGCCUACAAAGCCACGCCCGCCUCUGACUCCUACAGUUAUGCCAUCCUGCUCUGGUCUAUAAUCACUGGCAGGGAGCCCUAUGGUGAUGCUGCGUUAGACAGGAUCCAGUCUCGGGUCCCAGAGGGGGACAGGCCCAGUCUGGAGGGGGUGAACAGGGCAGCAGUUGAGGGCUUGGGGGAGAUCAUUGACCUCAUGGAGAGAUGCUGGGACCCCAGCCCCCAAAAACGCCCCUCUUUCCAUGACUGCCUCCCAGUGACAGAGAAGGGGUUUGAGCUGCACAGCCGUGGAAUUCAUGAUGCCAUCCACCAGGUGUCCAAAGCACUGGAUGAAAAGCGAGAGAUAUCUCCAACUCCAAUACCCAAUGCUGGAGUGACUGUGGACCCCAGGGGAGGGUGGAACAGCAAAGACGGGACUCCUCCCAAUUUCCGGGCAGCAGACAGCGGCGUUGGAACAGAACCCUGUCCUGCCUCUGCCACCUCUAAGGCACUGAGUGACAGCAUCUCCAAAACCUCCAGCAUAAGUAAGCGCUCCCCUCUCCUGUAA